AUGGAGUCGGAAUCAAGGGUCAUCCAACUCGGCAUAUCUGGGACGGAUAGUAGCAAGCGUCAUACUCUCGAGUGCGUACGUACGGUUGAUCGUUUGGAUCUUCCUCCGCAGUCCUUGCAAUUCAAUCAACUGGUUCAACAGUUUCCUUACCUUCGGGGUCUUCCGGUGAAAAGUUAUAACGGAGCCACCCCUCGCAUCCUAAUUGGUUUAGAGGACACGGAGCUACUAGUAACGUUGAAGAAACGAGCAGGUAGACCUUCUGAACCAGUCGCAACGAAAACUAAACUUGGUUGGACAGUAUACGGAACGGUGGAAGGCCUGAACGAACCAUUUGAACACCGUCUUCUGCACAUCUGUUCUGGUUCCAAUGAUCGGGAACUACAUGACGUUGUCAAGGUGUUUUUCUCGAUCGAAAACACUGGUGUAGUGGCUGCGCCAGCGGUAGAAGCAGAAGAUGUCCGGCGGGCACGGGAGAUCAUGCAACGGACCACGGUUCGCACAGCUUCCGGAAGGUUUGAGACGGGCUUGCUGUGGUGCUAUGAUUAUAUCGAAUUUCCGAACAGUAGACCGAUGGCAGAGCGGCGUCUUAAGUGCCUAGUGCGAAGACUAGAGAAAACACCUGAACUCUACGAAAACGUCAGGCAGCAGAUUGCUUCUUACGAGUCCAAAGGAUACGCUCAUCGAGCAUCGGCGGAAGAGUUGGCCAAAUUUGACCCUCGAAGAACUUGGUAUCUUCCCCUCGGAGUGGUUAUUAAUCCAAACAAGCCGGGAAAAAUUCGAGUGGUUUGGGAUGCUGCGGCGAAGGUGGAUGGAGUCUCGUAUAACUCUAUGCUUCUGAAGGGACCGGACCUGCUCGCGUCUCUUCCUGCGGUUCUACAGCGUUUUCGUCAACGGCAGAUAGCAGUAACGGGUGAUAUCAGAGAAAUGUUUCACCAGCUCCUGAUUCGCUCCGAAGAUCGUCAAAGUCAGCUUUUCCUGUGGUACGACAGUCCGUCUGGCGAAAUACACGUCUAUGUCAUGGACGUAGCGACGUUUGGGUCGACAUGCUCACCGUGCUCUUCCCAAUACGUCAAGAAUCUGAAUGCAGAAGAAUGGAGGUGCGAGUUCCCGGAAGCUGUAGAUGCUAUCGUACAUAACCACUACGUGGACGAUUAUCUCGACAGCAGGGAUUCUGUGGAGGAAGCGACGAGUAUUGCAACAGCAGUAAAAGAGGUCCAUGCGAAAGACGGAUUUGAAAUCCGUAAUUGGCUAUCGAACUCGGAUGAGGUUGUGCGACGGGUCGGGCACGACAGCGUUGCAGAUCUUGCCAAGAGCUUUGCAGUAGACAAAAACAAUGGCACGGAAAGAGUUCUGGGAAUGUUGUGGCAGCCUUCCAGUGACGUUUUCACGUUUUCCAUACGCUUCCGUGAUGGGAUAUCCCAGAUAUUGAACGACAGGGUUGUUCCAACGAAGCGCGAAGUCUUGAGGCUUGUAAUGAGUCUUUUUGAUCCUCUUGGCUUAGUGGCCGCUUUCGUAGUACACGGAAAGUGUAUCAUCCAGGACAUCUGGAGGUCCAAUGUGAGCUGGGACGAGCAAAUUCCGGAAGAGAUCUUCAACCGAUGGCGUCGCUGGGUGGAAGUACUGAAAGAGCUGGAUCAAGUCACUAUCCCUCGCUGCUACUUCCCAAACUAUUCACCAAACAGCUUGGACACACUUGAAUUGCAUGUGUUUGUUGAUGCAAGUGAGGAAGCGUACGCCUGCGUUGCUUACUUUCGCAUCAUCGAUCGUGGUCAGGUCCGCUGUGCACUUGUAUCUGCAAAAUCGAAGGUCGCUCCACUAAAACCACUGUCAAUUCCGCGGUUGGAACUGCAGGCAGCGGUCAUAGGAAGCAGAUUGGUGAAGUCAAUUGAGGAAAACCACACGCUGCCGAUUCGUCGUAGAGUAAUCUGGAGCGAUUCAAGCACGGUGUUAUCGUGGAUACAGUCGGACCAGCGCAAAUACCGUCAGUUUGUGGCGGUUAGAAUCAGCGAAAUCCUAGAUGUGACCAAUAUAGAGGAAUGGCGUUGGGUGCCAACGCGCCUUAACGUAGCGGAUGAAGCAACGAAGUGGGUGAAAGAACCCAGCUUCCAUGCGGAUUGUAGGUGGUUUGUCGGACCUGAGUUUUUGUACCAGGAGGAGUCGGCGUGGCCAAAAAGGAUUCUGCCAACGAAGGACACUGCUGAGGAGAUGCGCCCGAUACAUGCCCAUCAUCGGAAAAUUCCUGAACCUCUGAUAAACUACAGCAGGUAUUCCAAGUGGGAAAGAUUAUUGAGAGCCACAGCAUUCCUUCUGCGGUGUGUGAAUAACUGCAGAAGCAAAAUCAACGGAGAUCCUGUCGAACUCAACCCCAUUUUGUCUCAACGGGAGCUGAAGAAUGCCGAGGAGUUUCUUUGGCGUGCCGUGCAGAUGGAGGCAUAUCCUGAUGAAAUCAUCGUGCUCGGAAGACAGCAGCAACAAUCGAGUGCAGCAAGGUUGGAAAAAACAAGCCCGCUUCACAAAUUAUCACCUUUCGUCGAUGAGACGGGAGUAAUUAAACAGGAAGGGCGAAUUGGUGCUGCCAACUACGCUUCCUAUGACGCUAGGUUCCCAAUAGUGCUUCCACGGAACCAUUACGUGACUGGACUCGUUUUGGAUUGGUAUCACCGUAAAUACGCACACUGCAACGUGGAGACUAUUGUUAAUGAGGUUCGGCAAAAAUUCCACAUUUCUAACUUGCGCACGGCAGUGCGCAAACAGAUACGAAAGUGCAACUGGUGUAUCGUCUACAAGGCUACCCCACGGGCUCCGAGAAUGGCGCCCCUUCCAGAGGCCAGGAUGUCUUCAUACGUACGUCCUUUCUCCUUUACCGGAGUGGACUAUUGCGGACCUUUCUACAUCCGGAUCGGUCGUAGUAGUGUGAAGAGAUGGGUAGCGCUCUUUGUGUGCCAAACCGUGAGAGCCAUCCAUUUAGAGGUCGCAAGCAGUCUGUCAAGUGAAUCCUGCAAAAUGGCUGUGCGACGGUUCAUCGCAAGAAGAGGUGCUCCGCAGCAGAUCUUCAGUGAUCAAGGAACCAAUUUUCAUGGCGCUAGGAAGGAGUUGAAACAGGAGAUUGCAGGCAUCAACCAGAAACUGGCUGACACCUUUACCAACUGCAACACUCAGUGGAUUUUGAAUCCACCAGCUGCCCCACACAUGGGUGGCUCGUGGGAACGACUGGUCCGUUCGGUCAAAAUAGGUUUAAACACGCUCUCUACCAGCAGGAAUCCGGACGAAGAGACCUUUGGAACCGUUCUGGUCGAGGUUGAAGCCAUCGUGAACUCUAGGCCGCUAACGCACGUGCCACUUGAUUUGGAAGAUGACGAAGCGCUUACCCCCAAUCAUUUUUUGAUGUUGAGCUCCAGUGGUGUUGUGCAGCCAACCAAGUCGCCUGUUGAUACUGGCGCUGUUCUCAAAACCAACUGGGGCCACGCGCAGAGUCUUUUAGACCUCUGCUGGGCCAGAUGGGAUGGCCUAACGAUUGUUAUCCAACAGCUUCUUCGAUGCCAUUUGAGCAUCGAGCAUGCGGUGUACGAUCGGGAUCAUUUCCCAGCAACACGCCUCGGUUUCCCCAUGCUGGAGUCGGGCGAUGCUUCACCAAACACCACCAAAAAAGGACAGCGAACAGUAUAG